AUGUCUGCCUACCACCAGCCCACGGUGCAGUCCGACACUGAGUCUGACGACCCGCCCAAGUCCAAUGUCGCCGUUAAGCGCUCCUCGCACUCGUCAGACCUGGACCAGCCUCAGCCCGACCUGGCCAGCGACUCUGGGUAUUCGAGCCGCACCGCUGCCACCAAGAGCACCGGCACUGAUUCCGUCUCAAGCCCGACUGAAAGCCUGCCCGCCCCCAAGAAACGCUCCACGCCCGCCGCCUUGCAGGAGAAGGAGAAGAGAAAGGACCAGCAAAGAUCGCACAGCAGGAGGCCGCGCCAAGACAGCAUAGUCGAGGAAUGCGCCCCUUCUCAACUGCGACUCGAUACCUCUGGUUGCCACAACCCCAACCAUCCUACCUUCUCCUCUGCUCUGCCCUCCCCGCAGUAUCCUUCUUCGCCUAUCUUUUCGCAGCUUGGCGCCCAUUCGGACACUUCUCGCCCACGCAUCUACCCUGCCGGCGCGAGACCGGCCAGCUACCACGGCGCCGGCUCCGCUUUAUCCGACCCUUCCUUCUACUAUAGCCCUGUCAGCGGGCAUGGCGGACCACCGCCGGCCAUGUUCAACCACCCCGCGGUAAUGCAACUUACAACAUACGGGGGGCAGAACCCCCACCAGGCAAACGGCUACGGCCUUCGCGGGCCAGUCUCGCCCUAUGGCCCCGUCAUACACCAGGACCAACAUUCUUUUGUUGGCGGUCAAGCACCCAAGCAGAACCUGCCGGACCCACGAUAUGGCCCCACCAUCACACCGGCACCGUUGUAUGACGAAAAUCCCCACGAGUGGGACAGUGAGGAAAACAGAAGACGCAUGCCUCCUCCUGCUCUUCCUCCUAUUGGUCGUCCAGCUGAAAAGCGCCCCAGCUUUCGGGGAAAAUCUCAGACUACCGCCAGCAUCCUUACUAGGAGUAGGCUGAAUGAGCAGUAUUCUGAUAGCGAACAUGGGGACGAUGAACCAUUCCCACAAGGUGGUGUGGCCCGCGGCACAUCCAAGCGACGCUCAUCUGUCAUCGCUCACGAGCGCCCGCAGCGCUACCUUCCUGCCUUGAAGGACAGGAAGGAGGUUGUCGUCGAGAGUUCGCGGCUAGGCCGCCGUGCCACACUCAAGGACCAUAAGGAAAUAAGGCGGAACCCAUAUAACGCCAUCGUACCGUCCCGUGCUGACCAAGGAGCUGGUAGAAGAAGGAGCACAGACAUUACGUCUCCAAUGCAUGAUCUGAAGCUCAAUGAACAGAGAAAAGAGCGAGAUGAGAAGAAGGUCCGUCGUGUCGAGCAGUACCAGCAGAGCGUCAGUGGCCCUCGCUCCAAUCCCAUUGAUGACCUCGUUACGAAGAGGAGCCAUGCUCCAAACGAGGCAGACCGAAGCCGAACGAGCAGCGAUGAUCGCCGCAGUCGCUUGAGCGACUCGCAGCGAACAACGACGACUCGAAAAACCAAUGGUGACAUGAAAAUCCAUGUGGAUGCGGACAAUUCCAUUGCUCUGGAGUUUGGCGACAGCAUGACCGACAGAAUCAUCAAGCUUCGAUCUGGUGAUGAUGGCAACCAGACGAUUAUCAUCGAAGAUUCAAACCGGCAAAAGGAGAGAAAGUACCUGACAGAAGGAAGCCGCGUUACAACCUCAACCGCCACUGGCACCACUCGCCCUAGAAGGGACACGGACGCCGGUAGAUCUCGCGUCAGUAACAGCACUCGCAACGGUGAACGGAGCCGCGACUUCUUCAGCCGCGAACGCGAACGCGACCUCAACCGUGACCACCGGGACUUUAACAAUCGCGGCAGGGAACAGCGUGCAAAGCCGGAAUGGAACUAA